AUGCAAACCGGGCCCGAGGAGGAGCCCCAGGAUUACGACUUCGCCUGGCUGGGCGACUUCAUUGACCGCCUGUCUGAGUUUGAUAAGGACAUGAAUGGCGUUGUGGUGGAGUCGGGCAUCCUGGGCGGCAUCAAAAAGGGCAUGCUGGCGAGAGCGGGCGCCUCCAUCCAGAUGCAGCCGGGCUGCCUGGACCUGCUGCAGCGGGCCACCGAGGCGGGGAUCACCACGUAUGUGGUGUCGGUCAACUGGUCUGCAGAGAUGGUGCGGGCGGCGCUGACGCAGCAGGGUCUGUCGGUGGUGCUGGCGGAGGGCGACGGCGGCAACGCCGCGGCGGCCCCUGCCGGCUGCGUGGUUGUGUUUGCGAAUGAGCUCGAAUACUUUGGCGAUACAUCCACGGGCAACAUCAAGAGACCUCGCCAGAUCAGCGCGAGAUGGCCGUGCUGA